AAUAAAAUAACUUCAAUUGCAGGUUUCAAACAAAGAUGGCAACAAAGAGGCAACAUUUACAGACUGCAGAUUUAAAGUGGUUUGUUUCAUUCUAAUGCAGGGCCCCACCCCGUGUUUAUUUGACUAUAAAAUGUACAGACUCGUCCUUUCUUGAUCCACAUCUCGCUUGCUCUAUUCCUCUCAUUUACUCUUGUCUCUAACUUCAGUCUGGACAUUAGUUUUCCAGGAACAAUGUUGGUCCGUCAGAAUGUUCUCAUCAUUGUGUUCUUUGGGAUGGUUUUGAGUGGGUUCAUUUACCUGAACAAUAUCCAGUGCAUCUGCAAUCAGCAGAUAAUAGAACAAGGCCUCAAAUGCAAUCAGCAGAUAACUGAACAAGGCAUCAUCAAGCCAAAAUGGAAGCCAAAGAUCAUUGAAUUGCGCUCAUCACCAGGGUUGUUGUACAACAAGCCGAGUGUGGUGGCUGGUCGGACAGAUGUUGCUUCUGUGUCACCAUGGUCAGCUCCAAUCAUUUGGGAGGGAACCUUUGACUCCACACUGAUCGACUCCAUCUACAAACAACAACAUCUCACCAUAGCAACCACUGUCUUUGCUUUGGGAAAAUACACACGUUUUGUCAAAGAUUUUCUGGAGUCAGCAGAACAACAUUAUUUUGUCGGAUUUCGAGUGCAUUACUACUUGUUUACAGAUCAACCAGAGUCAAUUCCUAAAGUGAAGAUAGGUGAAAACCGUAGUUUGACAAUUGAAAAGGUUCCGACUAUGAAUCGAUGGCAGGACAUCAGUAUGAACAGGAUGGAAAAACUGGAAAAACUAAUAGAGAAUGAAUUAUUCAAUGAGGCAGAUUAUAUUUUCUGCCUUGACAUAGACGGAAAGUUCUAUGGCCGGUGGGGUGCAGAGACUUUGGGUCGUCUCGUAGGUGUGUUACAUCCUUGGCUCUUUAAUGUUCCAAGAAAUCAAUUCACAUAUGAGCGCAGGCCAGAAUCUAAAGCAUACAUUCCUGUUGAGGAAGGUGAUUAUUAUUACGCUGGUGCUGCAUUUGGUGGCUUUUUGGAGGAUGUACAUCUUCUCACCAAAACCUGCAGGGAGCAUCUGAAAAUUGAUGCUGCAAACUCUAUUGAAGCGGUAUGGCAAGAGGAGUCUCACUUGAACAAGUAUUUCCUUUUGAACAAACCUAGUAAACUGCUCUCUCCUGAAUAUAUGUGGCGGGACGUCAAUGAAAAAUCUGCCUUAAUAAAAAUAGUUCGCUACACUAAUGUACCUAAAAACUAUGCUGAAGUUCGUCCAAACCCGUAGAAACUGUUGCCAAUACUCAGCUACACGUAAAUGUUGUGUUCUGACAGUCCUCCCAUUAGACAUUUUGAAUCUGUUAACAGGUAAUACUGGCAACAGUGAAGAUGACAUCUACCACAGAGAUAUGAAUAAUCACUGAAAAGAACAGAUGUUUAUGAGCACAAUGUAGCAUCAGAAACAAUAUCUAACAAAAUAUUUUUGAACUCACUCACAAUAUCUUAUACAAACACAAUGCUAAAAAUAAAAAAAGAGAUUUUACAGAC